GAUAUGCCAUUUUACAGUUAUAAGAGAAUCACCUAUGCCACUCUGUUGUUGCUAACUCUAAGACCUUUCUGGGCAUCAAACAGUACAAGUGUGCUCUCGCCAGACUGCGAUUUCGAUAACUCUACUUUAUGCGAUUGGGAAAAUGACAAAACAGGGAUAGUGCAGAUCAAUUGGAUUGUACAGUCAGGGGCCACGCCAAGCCAAUGGACUGGACCUCAGUCUGACGUGUCAGGUAACUGCCACGGAAGGUAUGCGUACGUGGAGGCCAGUGGUCGUAAUCAUGGUGACAGGGCUAGACUUAUAAGCCCCAAAAUGCAAGGUCCAAAGUGUUUGUCAGUUUGGUACCACAUGUAUGGUAGUUCAAUGGGGAGCCUCAUCAUUUACCUGAAAACAAAUGACAGUGAGAUGAUACAAUGGAUUAAAUCAGGAAAUCACCCAGACCAAUGGCUGCAGGCAGCCGUAUUCGUUAAUUCGUCUGUUGAAUAUCAGAUAGUGGUUGAGGCUAUCAGAGGCUUGUAUUUUGCAAGCGAUAUCGCUAUCGAUAAUAUCAUUUUGUCAAAUGGAAAAUGCCAAAAUUUAGUCACACAAAACUUGCAUGCGUACAUUAAGAGAGAUUCUGCGAAGACUGUGGCUUUCAAGCUUGACAGAGUUCCUUGUCAUAGUGGCUGGAUUCAUCAGUUCACGAUGGAAGCUCAACAGACCAGGAACACCUCUGCUGACAUAAUGUAUUUUAUUUACCCGGUGGACUCAGCUCAUUGUAGAAAUGGUAUAUCUCGAAAUAUUUCAUUGAAUGAUCGCGGAUGUCUCCCUUUUGACUUCUUUUAUUCUUCAAGCGCUCACCUAGAAGGUUACCGCAAAGUUCUGCUUAUUAAUCGAGGCCAGGAUUCACCUCUUGGGGUUACACUAGCUGACUAUCAACCUUGUUGCGAUCAGACGAUUCAAGAAUGGUUUUUCGCGAAUAUUUCAUUACGCGAACAAAGCUCCUGUCUUCCUGGGUGGCGCAGAUUAAAUUCCAAUUCCUGUCUCCAAGUGCACUUGACUCUGCCGAAGACUUGGGAUAACGCCAAAUUAGACUGUUACAACAGAGGAGGGCACCUUGUUGUCCUAAAGGAUACCAAAAUUGCUCAAAAAAUAUCUGAAGUCCUUGAUGAAUAUCUAAAUGAAUGGGAAACCUAUUACGUAGGAGCCCACGCUGUCAGUGACAGCCAAUGGAUAACAGUUAGAAACGAGAUUUUUCCUUUCGAUAAAUUCCAAUCAUUAUGGGGUCCUUACGAACCAUCUGGAGACGGAUGGUGUGGUAAUGUGAUAAACGGCGAAAAAUGGAAUGAUGCUUGGAAAGGAAAAGGCUGGCGAAUUAAUGAUGUAAAUUGCUUUUCAAGACAAGGAUAUAUCUGUGAAAAGAAAACCUCAAUUUCCGGAGCGUCCUGUGAAGAUGGCUGGUUUGAAGUGGAAAAGUCGUGCUUUAAAGUAUUUGCUGGCGAUGUUUCCGUGGACUGGCAAACAGCCCGUCAAAAUUGUCAAGAACAGUCAAGUGACUUAGCCAUUGUGGAUACCGAGAUUAAAAGAAAAGCGAUGGACACGCGCCUUGACAAAAAAGAUCAACAUCUGCCAAAUGUUGAUAUUCAGGUCUUUAUAGGAAUACUAAGGCUCGGUUUGUGGCAGUGGCUUGGAGAUGGACACAUCUCAGCAGAUAGCUGGCACCAAGGAUAUCCUCUUCGUUCUCCAACUCAACAUUGUGGGUUUUUGGAAAAGCGUUCGCAGUGGAAACUUCUUCAAAGCCAGUGCAAUUUCCAAAGAAGCUAUCUGUGUGAAACAGAGGAGAGGAAUUAUAUUGCUAGGCGACCAACAGGCAAGUCGUUGCACGCGGAUUUCAUCGGGACGUCUGCCCAAGUGGUUGAUGGAAAUAUCGCUUCUUGCUUUACGAUGAAACGAAUAAUAUCCAACGACGAACCUCUUUGGUGGAGUGUUACUCUGGAAAGAAAGGCAUUUGUUUACAAAAUGUUGGUGUUAAACAGGCCAGACUGUUGUUUAGAACAAUUUCCUAACCUACAUGUUACAUUAAGAAACCGCAAGGAAUUUGCUUUAGCAAACUGCGACGUUUAUGAUUGGAGGACAGAGUAUAAGAGAUUGAUGAUGUGCGAACCGUCUAUUGAGGCUACGAGUGUAACCAUAUCGGCUCAUGAUGUCACCAGUUUAACUCUCUGUGAGGUUUUGGUCACUGCGACGGGCUAUGAGGUAACUGCCCAUGGCGUUCGUCAAGAACUUUGGUAUCAGAUACCUUCUACAGCAGUAGAAAAUUUGUUAGAUGACGGGAGGUUUCCGAAAAGUCCAGAUGCUGUCAGGAUUCUUCAAAAUUUGGAUGCGGGGAGAAAUUUUCACUACAAUUACGGACAACGCCUUGCAACAUACCUUCAGCUAUGGCUUCACAUGCCCCAAGUGAACAACUUGGUGGAUGAAAACGAUGAAGAAACAGGCAAGAAGCGUUUGGCUGAAUUAAAGUCGGGCUACUGGACGGAUUAUAAUCAGUGGAAUAAGUACCCUUCAUCGCAGACUUCUGAAGAAAUUUGGUUGAGUAAAUGCCACUUCUAUUUCAUUGAAACACUCAUGAAACAAGGAUUUGGGAAAGACUGUUUGUCAGUGGGAAUGAAGUUACCAAACGGCACUUACGAGCGUCCCAUUCAAAAAGCACACUUGUUCUGGGUUCGGCCUGGAGUGACUUAUGUAGACUUUGAGAUGGAUUUCCUUCCUAAAGUUAUCAGGACUGGUCAAGAGUUUUCCAUCCAGGCUACUUACAAACACUGUUGUCGUGGAUUACUUUGCCCAAUGUGUCCGAUUCAACUUUACUUUGAAUUUGCUGGGAAAACAAGUCUCGUUGACAGCAGCUUGAAAGUGGAUUGUCAAGAAAAAUAUUUCAAUACCACACUCGAAACUGUGCUUCAAGAGGGAAUCUAUUUCUUAAACAUUUCAUAUAGAUUGGAGGAAGAGAUAUCACAUUUAACUGAAAUAAAUAGGCAAAUCGGCGAGGUGCAUAUUAAAGCUUUGGAAAUCAAUGGUUGCAGAUUCACUUCUGACUUGUGUUCUUGGAUAAAUACCGAUCAAGGAUGGAAACUUGCGAUUGAGUCAGGGAUCCUUGUUCACGAAAGCAACAGACCGGCUGUUCUUGAGAGUCCCUGGAUAAUCACCAAUUCUAUGAGCCAGAAACUUGGGUUAUGUUUAACCCUCUCUUACUUUCUUCCGACUAAUUAUGGAUCUAUUAGUAUUAUCCUGAUAGCGAAGGCAAAUUCGUCAAUUUGGAGUCUCACUGGGUACCAGGGUAGUGCCUGGCUCAAUGGAAAAGUAUCAAUAAUGACAGACGAGAAUUUUAAGGUAAGAAUAGUUGCUGAGGGGAAACAAUCAUCAAGUCAGCACAGAACAGCUGUUGAUAAUAUAACAAUCUCUACCAAAACAUGUGAGCGAUCUCCGCCUCAUAGUUCACCAGAAUUUUGUUUUGCAGAAGGAAGCAGCUGUCCCCAAAAUAGAUUCUCCUGCGCAGGUGGUGAAUGCCUUCCAUGGUCUUUAACAUGUGAUUUUAAAAGAAACUGUGAGGAUGGUACGGAUGAGCCAUCUAUAUGUGGUUAUUCAAACUGCUCACUUUUAGAUUUAGGAUGUGCAAAACCUAACUACACGCACGUUACAUCUCAGCAUGCAUGUAGUGGGAACAGAGCUAAGUGCGACUUCCAGGAUGGCCUUUGUGGAUUGACAGAAGAUUCCAAAGUUCGAUGGAGCAUUGGCUCAGGUUCAACACCCACAAAGGAUACUGGACCGGACUAUGACCAUAGCACAUAUGGACCUGCAGGAAGGUACAUUUAUCUUGAGGCAUCAGACUAUGGUGCUGGUGACGCUGCCGUCUUGACUAGUUAUGCAAUCGGUGCUGGCAUAGCAACAUGUGUGCAGUUUUGGUAUCAUAUGAAAGGAAAAGACGUGGGCAGUUUAAAUGUAGUGAUCCUGAAGAAUGACUCAAGGAUAAUAGUAUGGAGUCAAACUGGCCAGCAAGGUGCUGAUUGGCUCUUUGGUCAAGUUGGAUACAAAGACGUUUUUAACAGCUUCAAGAUUAUGAUAGAGGGUGUUCGUGGAAAUGGUGUUCAUGGAGAUAUUGCUUUAGAUGAUCUUCUCAUCCUGGAUGGAGAAAAUUGUCAAACCGUAUAUGGAAAUGAAAACCCCGGAUGUCUAUUUGAGCAAGGUCAUUGCAAUUGGAAGCCCAGAGGAACAUGGCUGAUGAGCAAGUUUUCCCCUUUGAGAUUCUUCUUAAGGGAUUGGGAAGGCACAAGUGGCGGUUUUACUUAUGACAAAGGAUGUUCAAGUCUGGCUAACGGAGGGGCAGGAUGUUACGGAAGUUUAACAAGCCCACAUAUCUCCGCUAGAGCGGGUUGGAAGUGUUUGCAGUUUUGGUAUUACAUAAGUAAAGGAAGACCUUCUUCUCUUCAAGUGACUUUAAUUUCUAACGACACACAAAAGACUUUGUUGACUUCCACUAAGGCAGGAAUCUGGACCUUUGCUCGUUUGCCCAUCAUUCCAUCUUCAGAUUCCUACCAAGUUUCAUUUCUAGGAUGGAAGUCUUCAAAAAAGAUGACAAUUGCCAUAGACGAUGUUGUAUUUCAAACUGACAGUUGUGACAUUAUACCCUGGAAAGUAAACGGCGGCUGUUUAGAGUUUCGUCAAGGCUUUUGUGGGUGGGUCAAUUCCAAGAAGAGCACCACACCAUGGAAGCAAACGAAGACAAAUGAAGAGGCAAGAUUAGCCCAUGUCAAGCCAGGCGUUGAGAAAGAAAGCAGUUACCAACUGAACUUUACCGCUAACCAUAGCGGCUAUGUAAACAUUACUGAUUUGCCUGAUCUCGUGGCUUUCACUGUCUGCUUCUGGAUGAAAUCGUCAGACGAUACAAGUGCAGGCACUCCGUUUUGGUACAGAGUGCGCUAUGAAAAAAAGGGAAGAUACGUUACUGCGAUUGCGCUAAUCGACUACAGAGGAUUCUAUGUCUACAUUGGCGAGACAAAAUCGAAAAGGACCAGUGUCAAAGCAAACGACGGCAAGUGGCAUCAUAUUUGCCUGGCGUGGAAGUCUCCAGAUGGAAUAUUGACCUUCUACUUUGACCAACUACAACUUCAAGGGCGAGGAUUUUCUGCAGGUGAAAAAAUUCCAGGUAAAGGUGAAUUUGUGGUUGGACUAACAAAAGAUCAAGCAAAAUUAGACUCAAAAGCCGGCGAAUUCAUUGGUAUUAUCAGCCACGUUAACAUAUUCCACACAUUUCUCGAUAACCACGUGAUAACCUGGAUGUCGCAUGGCUGUGGCGAGGAUUUGAUGAAUACCAUUGUUCCCUGGUCCCAGUUUACGUAUGGUUUCAUUGGAGACGUUAACAUUCAAAGACCAAUGACGUGUAGGGACAAUGAGGGUCUCCACAUCAUUGUGUUAGCAAACCGAACAUCUCCAUCUCCACAAGUAUCCGUGUUUGAAAGUCCGCUUUAUGAGCGAUCUUAUGAUGCACACAGCAUCUGUGUAUUAUUUAGGUAUAUCAUACAUGGUCCUGGAAUACGUUUCCUUCGUUUUUAUCAACAAAUGGACCUUGCAAACCAUACGAGACGGUUAAUAUGGGCGGCAAACGAGUCUAACAACACGGAAGGAAUAUGGAAGUAUGCCAGAGUAACCCUGCCAAGUAUAACUAAAUACAGAGUUUCUUUUGAAGCAGAUUUGGGCAGGUACCCUGGUUUUGUUGGUGUCAGGGGUUUACAAGUACAGCCUGGAUAUUGCCAUCCAGUCCCACUUAGGGCAACGCAAGGUACAUGUUCACAUGAGGCUGUACUUUUCUUUUUUUUCUGUUGGUUUUUUUUGUUUUCUCUAGCACUAAGUGCCAGCUAUUUAAUAUAUGUUUCAUGUUGACUAAUAUAUCUUCUCUUGGUG